CGUCACUUCCUCUUCCUCGUCCUUGGCCGCAGCAUCUCCUCUCUGUAGCUUUGAGGCUCUGCCGGGGGAACACAUGGCUAAACUCAGCAAAGAGACCAAACAGCGGCUGCAGCAGCUGUUCCAGUGCGGCCAGUUUGUCAUCCGAUGGGGCUUCAUCCCUACGGUGCUCUACCUGGGUUUCAAGCGAGGAGCAGAUCCAGGCAUGCCAGAACCCACGGUCUUGAGUUUGCUAUGGGGCUGAGGAAACCUCCACACAGCCAAUCAUCUCCCUCCAUCAAGUCAUGUGAUCCCACCCAUUAUUGGCAGUCAGCCGGGAAACGGACAUUAUUUCUCUCUUUUGUGCCCACAAGUCACAAGACUAUAUUUAUUCGUGGUUCUGAUGUACACAGCCACUGUAUACACCAACAUAUUGUCUAACAGUUGGUCUCAGGCUUGUUUGGAUCGACGAACUUGAGUCCAUGCUCUCUCCUUUGACCUUGGAGAUGUUCAUUGAGCAUUGAUUUUACUGUAAUUUUCUAUCUGAUGCUAUUUGGGAAUGUGUAACCCUGUCUUUGGAUAUGUCAUCAAUUCAUGCUUUUAUUUUCUCUCUCUGUAAAUGAACAUUUCUGGCAAUAAGUCCUAAGAGUAUUGUUUUGUUUGCGUUGUAAAUCUAUGUAGGUUCAGUUCUCAGUGUCAUGUUCACACCAGGAAUCAGGAAGAUGCUGUCUAAAUAAAACCUAUAUGGAAAGAAUUUCACGGUACAGAGUGGUUGAGUAAACCAUAAAACGUGAA